AUGAAAUUGGUGCGCUUUUUGAUGAAAUUGUCGCAUGAAAGCGUAACUAUAGAGCUUAAAAAUGGUACGCUAGUGGCAGGCACAAUUGUGGGUGUUGAUGUUGCGAUGAAUACCCAUUUGAGAUCAGUGAAAAUGACGCCAAAGAAUAAAGAAUCUAUUCAACUGGAAUCAAUUUCUAUAAGAGGAAAUAACAUCCGGCACAUCAUCCUACCUGACUCUAUACCACUUGAUACGCUACUAGUUGAUGAUGAGCCACGCAAGAAAUCAGCACGUGGAGGACGUGGUCGAGCUGUUCCAACUCGUGGUGGACGAGGACGUGGUCGAGGAAGAGGUGGGCCACGAAGAGGUGGUGGCUUUAGGGGCGGACGAUAG